GAUUUGAUCCUACUUCUGGCUAUUUAGCUCUCACAGCAUUUAAAAAAGUCAAUCUCAUCACAUUUGUUGUUUUUAUCUUAGUUAAUCAUUCAGUUAUCAUUAUCAUCAUCAUCAUCAUCACCAUCUAGAUCAAAAUUAUCAUCAUGUCAUUGUCAGUUGUUCGUAAAGUUGAAGAUUCUAAAGAAUCUGUUCCCAAAAAGCAGAAAAUAAGUGAUGAAACGCUGGAGCAAAAUAAUGGAUACUCCUCAGAAGAAGCCAUUUCAAAUGAUGAAAAUUGGGAACAAUAUCAUGAUUCUGAUUCGGAUAUACCCUUAGAUACAAUUGAUGAUAUGUUGGAAGAGAGUCUAAAGAAAGUAAGUGCUGAUUCUAGGCAUCUACAUUCCGGUCCGGGACAUGAAGAGCGUAAAAAGAUUGUUUUGAAGAAAAGAGAUAAAGACUAUUUUGAAAUGCUUCCAGAAGGUUGGAUUGAAGUUACACACUUUAGUGGGAUGCCUAUUUAUCUUCAUAAACAAUCAAGAGUCUGUACGCUGGCCAAGCCAUAUUAUUUGGGUCCAGGAAGUGCCAGAAAACACGAAGUUCCUAUCUCAGCUAUUCCAUGUCUAGCUUAUAAACGAGAAGUCGAGAAAGAAAAGUCAAAUGAAGUAGAAGAAACUCAUAAUGAAAGUAAUAGCCAACUUCCUAUUCUAGGAAAAGUCGAAAGUGUAGCUGAGGCGAAGAAAGAGAAAUCUUUGGACUUCCUUGCAAUUCGUGAUUAUUGUAGUAAUGUUUUUGAAUUUGAAGAGAUUACAGUACGUAAAUUUAAAACUUGGGCUGACCGGAGAAAACAUAUCCAAAUGAAAAAAAUGGAACAAAGACCAUCACUGCCAGAAGGAACUAAACUAAUCAAAUUUCCUCUUCCAAAACAUACCGAAUCUAGUGAUCCUGCCCGUAAAAAUUGCAAAGAAUUUUUAAUGAAUCCUGCUGGUAAAUCAGCUGUUUGUAUCCUUCAUGAAUUUGUUCAACACGCUGAAAGAGUUCAACCAAAAUAUGUAUUCAAAGAACUCGAAAACGCUAGCAUGCCAUAUAGUGCAACUGUUCUAAUCAACGAUAUGGAGUAUGGUGUCGGCUAUGGAAGUAGUAAAAAACAAGCUAAAGCGGAAGCAGCCAGAGCCACAUUAGAGAUACUUAUUCCUGAUAUAAGAGAUAUGACACAAGAUGGAAAUAGUAAAGUCGACACUUCCAUGCAAGAUCUAACCUUCUUUGAUGAUAUUAAAGUAGAAGAUCAAAGAGUCAGCGAAUUAUGUUCUAAAGCUGGUCAACAUUCGCCUUACCAAAUUCUAGUUGAGUGCCUAAAAAGAAAUUAUGGAAUGGGUGACACUGAAAUAAAGACUGAUGUGAGACUUAUUAAACACCAAAGAAAUGAAUUCACCAUGAAUGUUGGUAAACACAGUGCAACAGUUAUUUGUCGCAAUAAAAGAGAAGGUAAACAAAGAGCGGCUCAAGCAAUUUUACAACUUCUCCAUCCACAAAUAACUUCAUGGGGAUCACUACUUAGAUUAUAUGGUAGAGGAUCUUGUAAAACACCCAAAGAGAAAAAAGAAGAGGAACAAAAAAUUACUGAGCUUCAAAAUACUGCUUGUGCUAAUCGUCCAAACUAUGCUAUACUCAAUAAGUUAAGAGAGGAAAUGUUGAAACUCAGAGCUAGUGACGAAAAUCGAAAUCAUACCAAAGAACCACUCCGAUUGAUACUCUGUUCUGAAGAUAAGAGCGAUGCACAAUCUACUCAACUAGUAGAUUGCCAUUGACAUAUUGGAUUUGCAUAGGACAAUGAAAAAAUUCAAAUGUGGAAUAUACGUUAUACGUGUAUCAUCGUAUUAGUUUAGACACAUAAUUUAAUAUUUAUUUUGGCUUCACAGAAAAAAAAGAAAAGACAGCCAAGGCUUAAAAUUGGACAAUGUCCGUUGAGGACCGUUUCAGUCAAAAAUGAAACUCCCAUUUUACAACAGUGGUGAAUAAAAUAUUUAAUUUUAUUUCAAUCUAGUUUACAUACAAUUGAUGUGAGGUCUAAGUCAACCAAGAUCUUUUUGUUUUUAAACAGGUUUUGACUGUAACAUCUUUUUUUGUUUUGUUCACAGAAAUCAUGACUCACAAUAAAUAUUGGUUUUUUACUAUUCCUUUUAA